GUCAGGAUGUGAGUUUGGGUGGGCAUUCUAUGUUUUCUGUUUCUAUGUUGGUUUAUGGGUUGCCUGGUAUGGCUCUUAAUUAGAGGCAGGUGUUUGGCGUUCCUCUAAUUAAGAGUCAUAUUUAGGUAGGUGUUUUCACAGUGUUCGUUGUGGGUGGUUGUCUCCUGUGUCUGUGUAUGUCGUUGCGCCACACGGGACUGUUUUCGGUUUGUUUGUUUUUUCGGUUUAUGUAGUCUGUUCCUGUUUCAUGCGUUCUUCGUUAUAUGUAAGUUCUUAUGUUCAGGUGCGUCUACGUCGUUUGUUGUUUUGUUAGUGUAUAGUCGAGUUCGUGUUUUCUUUAAUAAAUAUGUCUUCAAACUCCGCUGCAUUUUGGUUCAAUCCCUGCUCCUCCUCUUCUGAUGAAGAGGAAGAGGAAAACCGUUACACUCCUGCUUUCUUUUACUAAUGGUGGUAACAGUCUCCUGCCUUCUUUUACUAAUGGUGGUAAAAGUCUCCUGCCUUCUUUUACUAAUGGUGGUAACAGUCUCCUGCCUUCUUUUACUAAUGGUGGUAAAAGUCCCCUGCCUUCUUUUACAAAUGGUGGUAACAGUCUCCUGCCUUCUUUUACUAAUGGUGGUAAAAGUCUCCUGCCUUCUUUUACUAAUGGUGGUAACAGUCUCCUGCCUUCUUUUACUAAUGGUGGUAACAGUCUCCUGCCUUCUUUUUGUGAUGGAAAAGGACUUGAGUAAAUGAGCAGUGUCAGAGUACCAUGAUGUUCAAGUAGAGUAAGUAAAUAUGUUUCUCUCAACUCAUGAAGUGUCAUCCCAUCCUUUAAGUUGUAGACAGUGCUGGAUGAGUCCAUUAAUGUUGGCUUUAUAGUCAGUCGUUGCAGGAGGCUCAUCUUCAUGCAGAAUGGAAGGAUUCCUGUCUCUUUUGAGGAAUGGGCUGUUAGCAGUAUUUACAACACCAGGGUCAUGUUUUACUGCUUGCAUCUUUUUAAGUUUUCCCAUCUUGCAUUUUAUAGUUGUAUCCAACCUAUGCAUUGGUAUUGAUAGUAGUACUUCACUUCUAUAUUUAAUUUGUCUAGAGGACAAUCCUAUCUGCCAAUGGAGUGACAGCAUUGAGUUGGAUAUAGACUACCAUUGGUUGUCCUUAUUUUCCCCAAUAUCCACAAAUUAUCUGACAGCAUGUGGUUCCAUACUGUCUCCUGAUUUGUUGUCAUGGUCCGUCUGCACAGAUGACGUGUCCGGCAGCAGCGCUGAGUACCCAGACCGUGUGUCCAUGAUGGAGGGGCGUCUGCAGUCGCAGGAAGAUGAGAUCACGCUACUGAAGUCAUCACUGGCCGACGCGCUACGCAGGCUCCGCCUCCACGACCAGUUGAUCCCCCUGCUUAAACAGCAGAUCAUCGCAGUAAACCCUGCAGCCUCCCGUGUCCUGAACCAGGUUUACUGCUCUGACGGUUUCUCCAGCUCCCGUAAACUGUCCUCCAGCUCAGCCCUGGACAGCCCCCGCCACCCUGCCACCAGCCAAGUACUAAACAGCACUGAAGGUGAGAAUGGCUCUAAUGGUGAGAAUGGCUCUAACUCUACAUCCCCGGGCCUCAUACAUAAGAUCCCAACGUAUGAUCGGGCUACCCAGACAGACCUCACUCCUCUGAUGCAGGAGCUAGACAGGGUCCCCCUUGCUCUCACCAGGCCCGUCCAGAGUCUCUCCCUGGAGGAUGCCCUCCCCGAGGGGAUGUCUCUGACAGAGGAGGCUCGGGCCAAGUUCCACCACAUCCAGGGACUAGAACUGGAGGAGCAGGAGAAGGAUGAGGAAGGGGAGGAGAAGGACCUGAGUUGGGCGUCUUCCGUAGAGGAGGCCAUCCACCCCACCGCCAUCAGGAACCUCCAGAGAGAUGACCUCCAGAACCCAAAUGGCUCCACGGAGAGCUUGAGCUCAGCCUCCCAGACCCCAAUCUCAGGGUCCCCAGCCCCCCCUAAGGACCUGUCCGUCAGCCCCCGGAGCGGACCUCUCUCCACCAUCCUGGAGGGCGAGAAGAAACCCCUAAGUCCAUCAGCUCAACCCUGCCACACCAUGGAAACUAAGAGAGCUCGCAGGAACAGUGAGAAACUGGUGAAGGAGCCCCAGGAAAAGACAAAGAAGCUGCUGGACAAAAAGGCGGCAUCCUCGGCCAACCUACUUAACAGAUCCCCCAGUCUGGAGAGCCGGACCAAGGAUCUUAUCGCCAGAGCAGGAUCUCCCGGGUCCAGACGAGGAACCCAAGGUCAAUCAAUCAAGAUGUUCAUCCGUGGUCGACCAAUCACCAUGUAUGUCCCCUCCAACAUCCAGAACUACGAGGACCUGAGGAUGGAGCCACCUGUAGAGAAACUGGAACUCGAUUGGGUCUACGGUUACCGAGGACGGGACUGCCGGGCCAACCUGUACCUGCUGUCGUCGGGUGAGGCGGUGUACUUCAUCGCCUGUGUGGUGGUGUUGUACCACAUCAACAACCGGACACAGCGCCACUACCGCAAACACACCGACUGUGUCCGCUGUCUGACCAUCCAUCCAGACAAGGUACGGGUGGCAUCAGGACAGACAGCGGGGGUGGACAAGGAUGGAAAGCCCCUGCAGCCUUAUGUCCAUAUCUGGGAUUCCUCCACACUGAUCACCCUACAACAGAUAGGACUGGGCACCUUUGAGAGAGGUGUAGGGUCUGUGGCUUUCUCCUUUGCAGAUGCUGGAGCCUUCCUCUGUGUGAUUGAUGACUCCAAUGAACACAUGCUGUCUGUGUGGGACUGUGCCAAAGGAACCAAGCACACAGAGGUUAAGAGCACCAACGAGGCAGUGUUUGCAGUGGAGUUCAACCCCAGCGACAGCACCAACAUUAUCACUUGUGGAAAGUCUCACAUCUAUUUCUGGACCCUGAGUGCAGGCUCACUCACCAAGAAACAGGGCAUCUUCGGGAAAUACAAGAAACCCAAGUUCAUCCAGUGCUUCCUGUUUAGCCUGACGGGAGAUGUGCUGACCGGGGACUCCGAGGGGAACAUCCUGACAUGGGGCAAAUCACCCGGCGACGUCAAGACACUGGGGAAAGGAGCCAAAGAGACGUUCCAGAUCAUGCGUCAGACACGGGCCCAUGACGGCAGUGUGUUUACGCUGUGUAUGCUGCAGGGGGGCGCUCUCCUCAGCGGCGGGGGCAAAGACCGCAAGAUAAUCCGCUGGAGCACAGACCUGGCGCCCGAAAGAGAGUGUGAGAUUCCAGAAAAGUUUGGUGCGGUCCGUUGCAUCACAGAUGUAAACGGGGAAGAGGUGUUGGUUGGUACCACCCGAAAUGCCAUCUUGAGGGGCACUUUCUCUGACGGCUUCGUGGCCAUAGUGCAGGGUCAUGUGGAUGAGAUGUGGGGUUUGGCUACUCACCCCUCUCAGGAUAUCUUCCUCACCUGUGGACAUGACAGACAGGUGUGCGUGUGGAACACAGAGGAGCACAAACUGGACUGGUGCACCACGCUGGAGGAGUAUGGGCUGUGUGCAGACUUCUGUCCUAAUGGGGCCGUGGUGACUGUUGGGCUCAGCACAGGCAGAUGGCUGGUUCUUGACCUGCAGACCAAAGAGGUGAUCUCAGACUACACCGACGGGAAUGAACAGCUGUCCGUCAUGAGAUAUUCACCAGACGGUAGCUUUUUGGCCGUGGGUUCCCAUGACAACUUCAUCUACGUCUACAACGUCACCGAGAGUGGACGGCGCUACUCCCGCUACGGAAAGUGCAAUGGUCACUCCAGCUUCAUCACUCACCUUGAUUGGUCCAAAGAUGGGAAGUACAUUAUGUCCAAUUCGGGCGACUACGAAAUCCUUUACUGGGACGUUGCUGGAGGUUGUAAACUGUUGAGGAACCGCUAUGAGAGCAAAGACCGAGAAUGGGCGUCCUACACCUGCGUACUGGGCUUCCACGUCAUGGGUGUGUGGUUGGAAGGUUCAGACGGUACAGACAUCAACGCCCUCUGUCGCUCCCACAGUGAGAGGGUGGUAGCGGUGGCUGAUGACUUCUGUAAAGUCCACCUCUUCCAGUAUCCCUGCCCAAAACCCAAGGCCCCAAACCACAGUUAUGAAGGCCACGGCAGUCACGUGACCAAUGUGCGCUUCACCCACUGUGACAGUCACUUGCUCUCUAUGGGUGGCAAGGACACCUGUAUCCUCCAGUGGGAGGUCAAGAGAGCAGGAACAGGGGAUGGUGGAGACCGCCUACACUCUGCAUCCUUCGCCAGUUCCCAAGAACCUUAAAGGAGGGAAAGAGACAUUAAGAGAAAAUCAAAUCACAUUUUAUUGGUCACAUGCGCCAAAUACAACAGGUGAAGAAGACCUUACAGUAAAAUGCUUACAUACAAGUCCUUAACCAGUUCUACCUAAAUAGAGUUAAGAAAAUAUUGACUAAAUAAACUAAAGUAAAACAUUAAAAAGCAACACAAUAAAAUAACAAUAACGAGGCUAUAUACAUGGUACCAAGUCAAUGUGUGGGGGUACAGCUUAGUCAAAGUAAUUUGCACAUGUAGGUAGGGGUAAAGACAGAGAGUGAUAGAGAAGCAGAAGGGAGAGACAUUUUUACAGAGUGGGGAGUAACGUAGACAGAGAGGGAACUGGCUGGCCCUUGUAUAUCAUCAGUACAAAAGUUGUAAGGUCAGCCAAGGACCUGUGGUGUAUUGUUUCAUCGGAUUCUUACAGUACAGAAGGCUUUGGAUUCCAUAGGAUUCUCUUUUCAAGCAUGAUGAAGUUUUGUUUUUACAGAUAUUAGACCCACAUGAUGAAAUGGAAACGUUACUACAUCUGGGCACAAUCUACUUCUCAAUUUCAGUUACAUUCCUAGUCUGACAUUUGAAAAAGGUCAAGCUUUCGAAUCAACUGCCUGUUUGACUGCCAUCAUCAACUGACGACAAAGGGAUCAAUUGUUGAGAACAUUCCAAAAUAUUCCAUUUUGUUUACCAUACAAGCGUACCGUAGUGGUGUUUUAUGGUUAUUCUCUUGUCCGAAAAGUAAUAUCAUAUAUAUUUUGCUUUAUUGCUAUCUCUAGGAAUAUUGACCUCUUUUGUGCUUCAAACGUUUGCAUUUUGCUAGACGGUGACAAUCUUUCAAGUGCAUUUACUCAUUAGUUUCAAUUGCAAUAUCUCCUGUAUUAGACAAAUUAAUGUGUACCUUAUUGUAGUACACUUUUGUAUUUGAUAUCUUCUGUGUUUAUUUAAAAGUACUUUUGAAUGUGUCAUUGUUUCCUAUGUCUAGAUAUUUCUAUCAAUAAACAAUUACAAAAAACUA